UUCAACAGCUUGGAGCAGCUGUGCAUCAAUUUCACCAAUGAGAAACUGCAACAGUUCUUCAACCACCACAUGUUCGUGCUGGAACAGGAGGAGUACAAGAAGGAAGGCAUUGAAUGGGAAUUCAUUGACUUUGGGAUGGACCUGGCUGCCUGCAUUGAGCUCAUUGAAAAGCCCAUGGGCAUCUUCUCCAUCCUGGAAGAGGAGUGCAUGUUCCCCAAGGCAACUGACACCUCUUUCAAGAACAAGCUCUAUGACCAGCAUCUGGGCAAGUCCAGCAACUUCCAGAAGCCCAAGCCAGCCAAAGGCAAGGCUGAGGCCCACUUCUCCUUGGUGCACUACGCUGGCACAGUGGACUACAACAUCACUGGUUGGCUUGAGAAGAACAAGGACCCCCUGAACGAAACUGUCAUUGGGUUGUACCAGAAGUCAUCUGUGAAGACACUGGCCUUACUGUUUGCCAACUAUGGUGGAGCAGAAGCAGAGGCUAAUGGUGGUGGUGGCAAGAAAGGUGGCAAGAAGAAGGGUUCUUCAUUCCAGACUGUCUCAGCUCUUUUCCGGGAGAACUUAAAUAAGCUGAUGACCAACCUACGGAGUACUCACCCUCAUUUUGUCCGCUGCAUCAUCCCAAAUGAAACAAAAACACCGGGUGCCAUGGAGCAUGAACUGGUGCUGCACCAGCUGCGCUGUAACGGCGUGCUGGAGGGGAUCAGGAUUUGCAGGAAAGGAUUCCCCAGCAGGGUCCUCUAUGCAGACUUCAAACAGAGGUACAAGGUGCUUAAUGCCAGUGCCAUCCCCGAGGGACAGUUCAUUGAUAGCAAGAAAGCUUCUGAGAAGCUUCUUGGGUCAAUUGAUGUGGACCACACCCAGUACAAAUUUGGUCACACCAAGGUGUUCUUCAAAGCUGGGCUGCUGGGACUCCUGGAGGAGAUGAGGGAUGAGAAGCUGGCACAGCUCAUCACUCGCACACAGGCCAGGUGCAGGGGCUUCCUGAUGAGAGUGGAGUACCAGAGAAUGGUGGAGAGGAGAGAGUCCAUCUUCUGCAUCCAGUACAACGUUCGUGCAUUCAUGAAUGUCAAGCACUGGCCCUGGAUGAAGCUGUUCUUCAAGAUCAAGCCCCUGCUGAAGAGUGCAGAGUCUGAGAAGGAGAUGGCCAACAUGAAGGAAGAGUUUGAGAAGACCAAGGAAGAGCUUGCAAAGUCUGAGGCCAAGAGGAAGGAGCUGGAGGAGAAAAUGGUGAAGCUGGUGCAGGAGAAAAAUGAUCUGCAGCUCCAAGUGCAGGCUGAAGCAGAUGCUUUGGCAGAUGCUGAGGAAAGAUGUGACCAGCUCAUCAAAACCAAAAUCCAGCUGGAAGCCAAAAUUAAGGAGGUGACAGAACGGGCUGAGGAUGAGGAGGAAAUUAAUGCUGAGCUGACAGCCAAGAAGAGGAAACUGGAGGAUGAAUGCUCAGAGCUGAAGAAAGAUAUAGAUGACCUGGAGUUAACGUUGGCUAAGGUUGAGAAGGAAAGGCAUGCCACUGAAAACAAGGUGAAAAACCUCACAGAGGAAAUGGCAGGCUUGGACGAGACAAUUGCCAAGCUGACAAAAGAGAAGAAAGCCCUCCAAGAGGCCCAUCAGCAGACACUGGAUGACCUGCAGGCUGAAGAGGACAAAGUCAAUACACUGACCAAAGCUAAAACCAAGCUGGAGCAGCAAGUGGAUGAUCUGGAAGGGUCCCUGGAGCAAGAGAAGAAGCUGCGCAUGGACCUUGAGAGAGCAAAGAGGAAACUUGAAGGAGACCUGAAGUUAUCCCAUGAUAGCAUAAUGGAUUUGGAAAAUGAUAAGCAGCAGCUGGAUGAGAAACUGAAGAAGAAAGACUUUGAAAUCAGCCAAAUCCAGAGCAAAAUUGAGGAUGAGCAAGCCCUGGGCAUGCAGUUGCAGAAGAAGAUCAAGGAGCUGCAGGCCCGUAUUGAGGAACUGGAGGAGGAAAUCGAGGCAGAGCGAACCUCUCGGGCCAAAGCAGAGAAGCAUCGAGCUGACCUCUCCAGGGAGCUGGAGGAGAUCAGUGAGCGGCUGGAGGAAGCAGGAGGGGCUACGGCAGCUCAGAUCGAUAUGAACAAAAAGCGUGAGGCAGAAUUUCAGAAGAUGCGCCGUGACCUGGAAGAGGCCACGCUGCAGCACGAAGCCACGGCUGCCGCCCUGCGGAAGAAGCAUGCGGACAGCACAGCGGAGCUUGGGGAGCAGAUCGACAACCUGCAACGAGUCAAGCAGAAGCUGGAGAAGGAGAAGAGUGAGCUGAAGAUGGAGAUUGAUGACUUGGCCAGCAACAUGGAGUCUGUCUCCAAAGCCAAGGCAAACCUGGAAAAGAUGUGUUGUACUCUAGAAGACCAGUUGAGUGAGAUUAAGUCAAAGGAGGAGGAGCAUCAACGCAUGAUCAAUGAUCUCAGCACUCAAAGGGCUCGUCUGCAGACAGAAUCAGGUGAAUACUCACGCCAGGUGGAGGAGAAAGAUGCUCUGAUUUCUCAGCUGUCUCGAGGCAAGCAGGCAUUCACCCAGCAGAUUGAGGAACUCAAGAGGCACUUAGAGGAAGAAAUCAAGGCCAAGAACGCCCUGGCCCACGCCUUGCAGUCUGCCCGCCAUGACUGUGACUUGCUCCGGGAACAAUACGAGGAGGAGCAGGAAGCCAAGGGUGAGCUGCAGCGUGCCCUGUCCAAGGCCAACAGCGAAGUGGCCCAGUGGAGAACCAAAUAUGAGACGGACGCUAUUCAGCGCACAGAGGAGCUGGAGGAGGCCAAGAAGAAGCUGGCACAGCGCCUGCAGGAGGCAGAGGAACACGUUGAAGCCGUGAAUGCCAAAUGUGCUUCUCUGGAAAAGACAAAGCAGAGGCUGCAGAAUGAGGUGGAGGACCUGAUGAUUGAUGUGGAGCGAGCAAAUGCUGCCUGCGCAGCUCUGGACAAGAAGCAGAAGAACUUUGACAAGAUCCUGGCGGAGUGGAAGCAGAAGUACGAGGAAACGCAGGCUGAGCUGGAGGCCUCCCAGAAGGAGUCUCGCUCCCUCAGCACAGAGCUGUUCAAGAUGAAGAAUGCCUAUGAGGAGUCCCUGGACCACCUGGAAACGCUGAAGCGUGAGAACAAGAACUUGCAGCAGGAGAUUUCUGACCUCACGGAGCAGAUUGCAGAGGGAGGAAAGGCGAUUCAUGAGCUGGAGAAAGUCAAGAAGCAGAUUGAGCAGGAGAAGUCUGAAAUCCAGGCUGCCUUGGAGGAAGCUGAGGCCUCCCUGGAACAUGAAGAGGGGAAGAUUCUGCGCCUUCAGCUGGAGCUCAACCAGGUCAAAUCUGAGAUUGACAGAAAGAUAGCAGAGAAAGAUGAGGAAAUUGACCAGCUGAAGAGAAACCACCUCAGAAUUGUGGAGUCCAUGCAGAGCACCCUAGAUGCUGAGAUCAGGAGCAGGAAUGAAGCCCUGAGACUGAAGAAGAAGAUGGAGGGAGACCUGAAUGAAAUGGAGGUCCAGCUGAGCCAUGCCAACCGUGUUGCUGCAGAGGCACAGAAGAACCUGAGAAACACACAAGGAGUGCUCAAGGAUACCCAGAUACACUUGGACGAUGCUCUCAGGACACAGGAGGACCUGAAGGAACAGGUGGCCAUGGUGGAGCGCAGAGCAAACCUGCUGCAGGCUGAGAUUGAGGAGCUACGGGCAGCCCUGGAGCAGACAGAGAGGUCAAGGAAAGUCGCUGAGCAGGAGCUUCUGGAUGCAAGUGAGAGAGUUCAGCUCCUUCACACUCAGAACACGAGCUUGAUCAACACCAAGAAGAAACUGGAAACAGACAUUUCCCAAAUUCAGAGUGAGAUGGAGGAUACCAUCCAGGAAGCCCGCAAUGCUGAAGAGAAGGCCAAGAAGGCCAUCACCGAUGCGGCCAUGAUGGCAGAAGAGCUGAAGAAGGAGCAGGACACCAGUGCCCACCUGGAGAGGAUGAAGAAGAACCUGGACCAGACGGUGAAGGACCUGCAGCUCCGUCUGGAUGAGGCAGAGCAGCUGGCCCUGAAGGGAGGCAAGAAGCAAAUCCAGAAGCUGGAGGCCAGGGUGCGGGAGCUGGAAGGGGAGGUUGAUGCUGAACAGAAGCGCAGUGCUGAAGCUGUGAAGGGUGUGCGCAAGUACGAGAGGAGGGUGAAGGAGCUGACCUACCAGUCUGAGGAAGACCGCAAGAACAUUCUUAGACUCCAGGAUCUGGUGGACAAACUACAGAUGAAGGUGAAAUCCUACAAGAGACAAGCUGAGGAGGCUGAGGAGCUGUCCAGUGUCAACCUGUCCAAGUUCCGCAAGAUCCAGCACGAGCUGGAGGAAGCCGAGGAGCGGGCUGACAUUGCAGAGUCACAGGUCAACAAGCUCCGAGCAAAGAGCCGGGAGAUUCAUGGCAAGAAGAUAGAAGAGGAAGAAUGA